CAUUUAUUGCUCACCACCAUCAUCAAUCCCGUCUGGGUGGCCUCAACAGCUCUCAUUACACACCCUUUUAUCAUGAUGUCCUCCCCAGUACGGCGGAAUCCAUGUCAAAAAUGAUCAAAUGCGGCCACCAAUUCAAGCUGGAUCUCUGUUGUGCGUCGAAAGGCACCUAUUGAUCGUGGCUCGCCACGAAUAAUCGAUGGCGACCUCCUACGACUUUCCCAUCAGUUGCGCCACUAAUGUAUAUACCCUGGGCGACUUCGGCGAAAUCGCCUACAUCGUCUGUACUGUCGCAAUUCCACCACCAACCCCGGAUACUCCACCUCAGGUCUUGUCUCCGGAGGAAACUCUUGCUCGCCUGAGGAAGACGGAGCGUCAAUUCAGGGAAGCGUCAAUUCUAGCUGCGCUCGAUCCUCAGGCUCGACAGCUAUUUACCUUUUACAAAAAGGUCGACAUCGCAAAUGCCAAAGACCAGAAAGCUUUGUUGAGCAAGUUUGGCUAUGUUCUCCGUAGCAACGCGUGCACAAUUGCCUACAAAACCGCUGCGAGACUACCGGAUCUCUUGAAACCCGAGCAGGCACGACUGUAUCGACUCUUCACUGCUGCCAUCACCUCUAGCAUUAGACUGGUGCCAGCGAACGAUCGCGCCAUCCAGACAGUGGGGCUCAACCUUUAUCUGAUUGAAGAUCUGCCAGCUGCAACCAGUAUUGACCGGUUCGACUCAACCAAGAAAUGGAGCCUCUUCAGACUCGACCUUCAGAUCAUCCUUAGUGGGCACAUUGUUCUGACUAUUGUUAGAGAAGACACCUCGUCAUUCUUCCGAGCAAGCGAUAUUGAUUCAAAUGAUGUUGAAGUCACAGACUCCAGGUGUUCGGGUUAUCUUGCGCCACUCGGAAUAAUUGCCAGGUUUAAGCUCCAGAGAGCUGCAAAGUUUGGAACAGAGCUCAGUUUCCAGAUGCAGACGGACUAUGAACCGUCUCUCAGCCUAGUGGAGAAUGUGUGGAAAGAACUACUCCCGCAAUGGCUGAAAGAGCACGGCGAGUAUUUGGAGACAGACAAAUCAACCCGAUGGGUCGAGACUGAGAUUGUGGUCAAAACAGGUGACGUGGUCCAAACAGACAGCCAGAAAGCAUCAUCGCCGAACACUCCAUCCAUCGAGACCACGACGUGGAAGACAAUAUUUUGGCCCUCAGAGCUAUGCUUUGUGUCAGAGAGUCCACCUUUGCCGCCAGAGGCAGAAGGGACUCCUGAAGAUGCACUACAGUUUGUGCAGAAAUGGAUCUCUGGCACCGCCCUCAGUCCCGCUCGAGACGCACACCAGGGCCAAAAUAACGACCACGAGGAUGAUGACGAACCCUUGUUCAAUGAUGACGGACCUUUUGACGAACCUUUCCAUCCUUAUGGUCCUCCGAGUUUCCCCCAAAGUCAAACCAUAUAUCCCACUCCACCAGAUGCCGUGAUGACGCAUCCCACCCCUGGGUUUUCCUCGGUGGAUGGACUGGCCACCACACCGGCCAACCUGUUGCGCGGACCGGCAGACAUGGUAUCUACCCAGGACGAGCAAAUGCCUGAUUAUGACGAACCCACCAACCUAAGCGGAGGUUUUUAUGAUGAGGAUCUGUUUGACGAGAUGCCUGGCGACACUUUCGGCCAAGAGGCCGCAGGCGACGAGCCAAACUGGGACUUUUUUGACGAUGAGCCUGGGAAUGAACCCAAAGACCAGGAGCCUGGCAUGUCAUCAAAUGGUCAAUCGAAUGUCGAUAUUCUGUCAGCAGCUAAGGUAGAGCAUGCUACCAAUGCCGUCCGGCAGACACCGGUGGAGACCUUACCUGCGUCGGUCCAUGCAAAGGAUGAAAUUUCAAAAAAGACAAACUCCGAGCAGAUUUCACCAUCUAUGCCUCGAGAUUCUCGGCCAACAAAUUCAACAGUGGCCAAGCAAAAUGAACUACCUCUGGCCACAGAGAGCCUACCCUCAAGGGACGUUCGAGAUCAAUAUGGGACAAAAUCAACGAAUCGGCCUCGGAGGCCUAGCGCGUUUGAUGGUGUGCAACCUUCGUUAGACCUAUCGGAGCGGGACAGCAAGUAUUCAGCCAACGGUGAUUUUUGGUUCGACCCCAAGCCCAAACGUGCGGAGACUGGAGAGCUGUCCAGAUAUCAAAACAUCCUCCACAUGAUCCCUUCUAGCCCGUCAGACACAGACGAGACCGAUGACAGUUCUAGGAUGUCCUUUGAACAACAUGUCCCGUUGAGCACGACGUCGAAAGUUGCACCGCAAUGGACCGAGUAUCGCGCUCAAACACCGCCUGCCGCGUCAGAGGUCACUGAGCCAGAGGAACAGAAGAUUCGCCAGGAAACACAACAGAUGUUGGCACUGCUCCAUGAUGGAUCUAUGAAGCCGCCGUCAAUACCCUGCUCCGGUUCAGGGGCAGAAACUCGCGAACUCCCCGACUUGUCUGCCGCCGAAGUAACUGAUGUAGCUCAGAUCCUAGUCGACCAAGUCUCUCAAUCAUCUCUGCUGUCAGUCGUCGAUUCUCAACACCAUUCAAGGCCUGCAUCUGACGAGGAAGCGACAGCUGGGCUUAACCUGAGCGGGAUCAAUUCAAAUGGAACCCCGUCUACAUUGUCACAGCUCGUGAAUCUUCAAGCCGACGGGCCUUCCAUCAACCUUUCAGGAAGAAUGGCCCGGCUGCCGAAUCCACAGAUUCGUGUACGGCGAGGCAACCACACACUCACGGCUUCCAUGUCCAUUAUAGAAUUCUGGGACACGUUAAAUCUAAAGCCUGACAACGGCGGUAAAGAUGUGACGGUAUUUUGCGUGUGUCCUGACGCGCAAAACAUCCUGGACGGCUGCAGCAAUCUUUUACGGAGAAUGUCAGAUGCAUAUACCUCUUGUCUUUUGGGGGAACACAAAGUCGGACGUGUUCCGAACUUCACUGAGAAUGGGCUGGUUCCUUGGAGCAUUGAAGACUUUGAUGAUUCAAGUCGUCGCUGUGCACAACUUGGUGAUCAUCUCGGAUUGAGUACCGACCUAGAGGGCUUGGUGGUGGUAUACAUCAUCUCUCCAACGGAGAACAUGAAUGACUACUUGGACACCUGUCAUGCAUUCUACGCGCUGUUUGGAGCAUUCCGAGACUCGGUGACGGACAAGACCAAAGUCGCGGACAUUGCAUUGCAAAUUAUCCCUCAAGGGUUUGUGGCGAGCAGCGAAAUGCUAGUGAUACCACCUCAGAGCGCAUACCUCAAACUGGCACGCGAGGUCUACAAUCGAUUACCUCCUGUCAAGUCAGAGACGACAACAACACCGGCGGGGUCAUGCAGCUCAGCGGUGACCAUGGUCAAGAUGGACUCUUCGGUACACUUCCACCUGUCAUCUAGCUACAGCUCUCCAUUCUCCAAGAGCGGACCAUGUCUUCACCUAGCGUACUCGAUCAGUCAUGAUGAACGAUGGAUUUCAGCAGCAUGGACGGACGAAACAGGGACUAUUGCGCUGAGCAUGUCCUAUUGCAUUCAAUUAUGGAGCUCAGGCCCUCGAAGACAGCGACAGGAGAUCUUUCGAGAGAUGUGGGGCACGUCGCAAGACAUCAUGGCCAAAGUACCUGGCACGUGGCGAUUGAACGUAGUCAAAAAUGGCCAUUUCGAUGUAGCCGAAGUCAAGGAAUGGUGCAAACUCGAGGACGAGCGAACGCCAGCUACGUCGCGUUGCAAGCUGAUUCUUUUGUCAGCACGCUUACGUCCCAUGCUGAGAAUUGUGACUCCCAAGGGAAGCGGCAAGUCUGGCACAGCUACUCUCGGAAAUAUGUACGGAACACCUGGAUCAACGCCACAGGCUGGUAUAACGUCGCCGGACCAGCUGAUGGCAGCAACUCCCACCCCCGGGGGCAGCGGUGGAUUCAGCGCCGCCACACCGCCUGAGCAUGGAUUCGAUCCGAAUGCCGAAAGCGACAUCACACUGAUCGAUCCAUCGGAAGAGAGCUGGUCGAUUAUCCUGCCGUAUGGAGUCAAUCAAUCGAGCGAGACAGGAGAAAUCCGACCGGCUCUUGUGACGGGAUUUUUGAUGAAGCGCAGAGGGGAGAAAGGAGAGGAUGGACUUUCUGCGAUUGAAGUCAGCUGGGUCCACGGCCUUCCAAACGCGGCAGAUAUGGAUAAGAUGCCGGUGGAAGAAUUGCUCGACGACGUGCUUCGACAAUAUCGAGGAUUGGUCAGUCUUGGGGCAACGAGAGGCUGCAUUGAUCCAAGCAUUGAUUGUCUACCAUGGCAUAUUGUUACGGCUGUGCGAGGAGCCGAUGUGUUGGGAGAGGUUCUGUAGUAUGAUUAUCACUGAUGACCAUCAUGGUGAAGUCAUCGAAGAACCCAGGUGCAACCAGGUGGCCGAUGAAUGACAUUAUUGAUAUACUGGAUUUUCAGGGUUGGGAAUGUCACGCGAGCAAUCGGUGAUGAGGAUGAGGAUGAGGCUUUGAAUGAUGGAAGUGUUAUUGAGUAUUGGUAGAGAUGGAUCCAUGAAUUGGCGAUGGAGUAUGAGAUCAGAAUCGGGCCAACUUCUGUAGUGUAGGUGACGAUCAUGCAUAGUCUAUAGGGCAUCAACUAGUAGUAUGAACUAGUUUGAUGACGUCGGGAAACCCUGGACAUGGUUGGGUGUAAGAAGAAGUUGUAAAAGUCAAAAAGAGAAUCGAUCUGCCGCCUCAGUACUCGUAAGUGAUCGAAUCUCCG